CUGACUGUCCUGUUGCUACCUCUCAACUGUGUGAGCUCCUCCAGUUAUAUUUGAGUCAGGAAACUCAUCGUGGGGACAUGACUGGUCGACGUUUGAGCAUUCAGCCUUAGAAGAGGAAAAUCCCUGAUUCUCUGUUGUGACCCUUGUUCUCUUGAAGUCAACAGCUCCACAUUAAGGCAGAAUGAGAGAGAAGCUGGCUGCCAUGUCACGAUCGUUGUGCCCCGGCUCGCAGGCCGAGGCCAGCGGCGACCUAAAGACACCGAACGGCGGCGAAGAAAAGAUGCAAAUGAAGCGCGAGAUUUCCCUCCCCAAUGGCAUCUGCCUCAUCGUGGGCAACAUGAUUGGCUCUGGAAUCUUUGUCUCGCCUAAAGGCGUCCUCAUGCACAGCGGCUCUUACGGGCUAUCGCUAGUCAUCUGGGCUCUCGGCGGCAUCUUUUCCGUUUUCGGAGCACUGUGCUAUGCAGAGCUGGGAACCACGAUCACCAAAUCGGGCGCUAGUUACGCCUACAUCCUGGAGUCGUUUGGCGGUUUCCUAGCUUUUAUCAGGCUGUGGACGUCCAUCCUGCUCAUUGAGCCGGCCAGCCAGGCGGUCAUCUCGCUGACCUUCGCCAACUAUCUAGUGGAGGCGUGGUACCCCACCUGCCAGCCACCCUACGACGCCAUCCGCCUCAUUGCUGCUGCCUGCAUCUGCAUGCUUAUCUUUGUAAACUGUGCCUAUGUUAAGUGGGGAACCAUGGUCCAGGAUCUGUUCACCUACGCCAAGCUCAUGUCACUCAUCCUCGUCAUCAUAAUAGGUAUCAUGAAGAUAGCCAAAGGAGAAACCCAGAACUUUCAGAAUCCGUUUGAGGGUUCCUCCACGGAGCCUGGGUCUAUAGCUCUGGCCCUCUACUCUGCUUUGUUCUCCUACUCUGGCUGGGACACACUCAACUUUGUCACAGAGGAGAUCAAGAACCCAGAGAGGAACCUGCCUCUGGCCAUUGCUAUCUCCAUGCCCAUUGUGACCAUCAUCUACCUGCUUACCAAUGUGGCCUAUUACGUGGCUCUGGACAUGUCCUCUCUACUAGCCAGUGACGCUGUCGCCGUGACUUUUGGAAAUGCGGUCCUGGGACCGUUCAAAUGGAUCAUUCCCAUUUCCGUGGCCAUGUCCUGCUAUGGAGGACUCAAUGCCUCCAUCAUCUCUGCCUCCAGGUUGUUUUUCGUGGGGGCGAGAGAGGGACACCUUCCAAACAGUCUGAGUAUGAUCCAGGCGGAGCGCUACACACCUGUCCCCGCCCUCAUAUUCAACGGGUUGAUGGGCUUGAUCUUUCUGUGCGUGGAGGACGUGUUCCAGCUCAUCAACUACUUCAGCUUCAGCUACUGGCUCUACGUGGGCCUGUCUGUGGCCGGCCUCAUCUACCUGCGCUUCACUCAGCCAGACAGACACAGACCUGUUAAGCUCUCCCUGUUCUUUCCCUUUGUUUACUGCCUGUGCAGUCUGUUCCUGGUCAUCGUCCCUCUGUACGGCGAUACCAUUAACUCCCUCAUAGGGAUCGGCAUCGCCCUGUCUGGAGUGCCUGUUUACUACGUGGCCAUAUACCUGCCUGAGGACAGUAGGCCCAAGUUUAUAUGCAAAGUAAAUGCCUGGGUCACCAAAUACACCCAGAUCGUGUUGUACUGCUGUCUGACUGAACUUGAUGUGGAACCAGAGAAGCGAGAAGACAGCAAAGCUCAGUGAGGAGGCCUGGUGCCCCCCCCCCCCCCCCCCCCAUGCCACGCAUGAUGCACAUGCCUGGAACACGAAACCUGACUGAGCCGUGCGUGGACAAAGGCUGCACUGAAGGGUUGGCUGGUGGGGGCUCGAUGCCUGCCCAACUACCACAUUGCGUUCUCAAAGGCUUUCCAUGUCUUGAGGACAAAAGAGGAGCUGGUACUUGAUCAUGUGCGAAAGGAACUGAUAACUGUGGGAAUUGUUUUUGUUUUUUGCCGAACAUAUUAUAUUUUCCUGUAAGAGUAUGACUGCUCAUUGCGUAAUAUGCUCAUGGUAAUAUAAUAUCAUGUGCUUACCUGUGUUCUUCUUCAAGUGUUUAUACCUUAAUGUUCCUCCAAGAGGUUUACCUAGUUCUUUCUUUGGAUAGCACUUACAGUACACGUCCUACAGUUCUGACAGUCAACAGUCUUUGGCUUGUGUCUUCUUGUGCCGAGUCACUAAGUGGUGGUCUGACAAUGUUAUGACUUACAAAACAUGGCCGAAUGGACCAAUCGGUAUGCUGUAAAUUACAUACAGUAGAACUAAUCACAUAACACAUGUAUUAAUUGCAAUAUGAGCUCUCAAACAGGGAUUUGAUUAUUAAAGUGUUUGGUUUUGAAUUGCUCAAUGAUUAUAUUUCAACAUGCUAGUUCCUAAAACUGUUGUGGCCUACCAUUUUAUUUAGCUAGGCUUGGGCUCCAAUGCAACCCAUGUUUAUCUCAAUAUCAAAUCAUUUCUGGGUAACAAUUAAAUACCUUAAUGUGACUGUUUUUCAAUUAAAAUGGACAAAAAGAAACAAAAUAGCUUCUUAGCAAAGAGUAAUUUCUCAAGCAAGAAUUCUGCUAGGAUUAUCUGUGAGUGGUCUGAGUGGGGAGGGGAAAACUGAAAACUAGCCUUUAUUGACAGAGGUUUGAAACUUUCUUUUUGGUCUAUUAACCAAUUUACCACCUGGUGAUGUCACCGGGCAGACCAAUACGCCAUCCCACCAAAUCAGGCUGAAAUUUCAGGCAGUCUUUUAAAAACAGCUUUUUACAUGAAAAUGGCAUUAUCAUAAUUUUCACUAUUUCGCAGCAUUAUUCCAACUUCAUAGUGCAGACUUAUAUAUAAAACACAGGAAAUCACAUUUUUGAUAACACUAGGCCUUUAAAGCUCGGAGUUACUCAGUCAAUAGCACUGUAUAUCACUUUUAUAGUGGCCUGAAUCGUGUUUUAUUUUAUGUUUUCAUGAAGCUAGAGACUUAAAGUAGUCGUCAGGGCUAUUUGUAAAGUAUAAUCUUUCAAACCGUUUAGAUGUUAGGCAAUCUGGCACACGUGGACCACUGUCACAACUUUUCUUUGUUUCCUCAGCCCACCUUCUCCCUUUACCAACCUUGACCCUAUCCCUCUCUCCUUUACUCCAUGUCUUUUCCCUUGAUCAUUAUGUCUCUCUGUCUCGCUCUUCCUCGUUCUUGGGAGAUGUUACAACACCUGAUGAGGGUGUAGUUGUAACUUUUGACAUUUUGAUACAGAUUUGAUUGAUCCUUACCCAAAAGGUGUUUCUCUCUUGUUCCAUUUUUCGUUCUUGAGCAUACGAGUGAAAGCUGUGAUUAGUCAAAUCAUGUGUUGUUUCCUUGUUACCAUUAUUUUCUAGUAUGAAUUAAAUAUUGAAUAUCCAUUUUC